ACGGGGGAGUGUUGCCAUGAACUGACUGGAAACUCUGUGUGUGUAUCCGUGAGUGCAAGAUACUUGGGGAAAGCGGAGAAGAGCAUGCUGCUCCACAAGCCCCUGGCUCACGCUUCCAGCAACAGCGGUUUGUCUGUGUUUCUGGACUGAAGUGACUGAUGAAAAACAGUAGUCAAGUCUGGAGGGUGAUUCCCUUUCAGUUCACUUGCCUUUCAGUUCUGGGGAAAUUAGAAGAUUUGCUCUCUCUCUCUGCUUCUUAGAAUGGGCUGCAAUUUGUGCACUUUUCAGAAAAGAGAGGAACACUACAAACUGCUCUAUGAAGUUUCCCAGGUCAAUGGGAAAGAUCUUUCCAAGGCCACCCAUGAAGAGGCAGUGGAAGCUUUCCGAAACGCCAAGGAGCCCAUCGUGGUGCAGGUGUUAAGGCGAACGCCUCUCAGUAGACCAUCCUAUGGAACCGUCCCAGAAGUGCAGCUCAUGAAUGCCAGCACUCAGACAGACAUCACCUUCGAACACAUCAUGGCCCUGGCCAAGCUGCGGCCACCUACCCCUCCGGUGCCAGACAUCUGUCCAUUUCUGCUCUCAGACAGCUGCCAUUCUCUUCAUCCGAUGGAGCAUGAAUUUUAUGAGGACAAUGAGUAUAUCUCCAGCUUGCCUGCUGAUGCGGACAGAACGGAGGACUUUGAAUAUGAGGAGGUCGAAUUGUGCCGUGUUAGCAGUCAAGAGAAGCUGGGCCUGACAGUCUGUUACCGAACAGAUGAUGAGGAAGACACCGGCAUUUAUGUCAGCGAGGUGGAUCCGAAUAGCAUUGCUGCCAAAGAUGGCCGAAUUCGAGAAGGGGAUCGCAUUUUGCAAAUAAAUGGGGAAGAUGUCCAGAAUCGGGAAGAAGCCGUGGCCUUGCUGUCUAGCGAUGAGUGUAGGAGAAUCGUGCUGCUUGUUGCAAGGCCAGAGAUUCAGCUGGAUGAAGGCUGGCUAGAAGAUGAAAGGAACGAGUUCUUAGAGGAGUUAAACUUGGAGAUGCUGAAGGAACAGCAUAAUGAAGCCGCGCAGCACCCAGCCAGCGAGGUGGAGCAGCCAAAAAAGCAAGAAGAAGAGGAAGGCACCACAGAUACAGCGACAUCCUCAUCUAACAACCACGAGAAGGACAGUGGAGUGGGGCGCACCGACGAGAGCCUGAGGAACGACGAGAGCUCGGAGCAGGAGAACGCGGCCGCCGAGGACCCCAAGAGCGCUUCUCUGAAGAGCGCAAGGGAGCUAGGGCAGAGCCGGGACACUCUGGGGAGCGUGGAGCUUCAGUACAAUGAGAGCUUCGUGUCUGGAGAAUGCAUCGACUCGGACUGCACUGGCAACCACGAUGAGGAGUGUGAAAGAUUCAGGCAGCUCUUGGAGCUCAAAUGCAAGAUUCGCAACCACGGCGAGUAUGACCUGUAUUACUCCAGCAGCACCGUGGAGUGCAAUCCAGGGGAGCAGGAGGGCGUGGAGCAUGAGCUGCAGCUGCUUAACGAAGAGCUAAGAAACAUUGAGCUUGAGUGCCAGAACAUCAUGCAGGCUCACAGGCUCCAGAAAGUGACCCAACAGUAUGGAGACAUCUGGGCAUUGCACGAGGGAGGAUUCCGAAAUUACAACACCAGCAUCGAUUCGCAAAGGGGAAAACUGGAUGACAUCAUGGAACAUCCAGAAAAGUCCGACAGGGACAGUUCCAGCGCUUACAACACCGCCGAGAGCUGCAGAAGUACCCCCCUGACCGUAGACCGGUCCCCGGACAGCUCCCUUCCAAGAAUGAUCAACCUCACCAACAAGAAAAACCUGAGAAGCACAGUGGCGGCCCAGCGGUCCUCUUCUGGACACAGUGGUAAAGAGUCGGCUUCCGCCAAAACCACAACCACGGAGCCAGGCUGCAGCACGGAAAGCAAGGAGAAGGCUCUGGAAAGCAAGCAGCUCCCUGACCAAGAGCAGACGGCAGGCGAAGCCGUCCCUUACCUGUCCCCGUACCACGGCUCCUCCUACCGCUGCGCGAACAUCCCAGCGCACGCCCGGCACUACCAAAGCUACAUGCAGCUGAUCCAGCAGAAGUCCGCCGUGGAGUACGCCCAGAGCCAGCUCAGCUUGGUCAGCGUGUGCAAGGAGGCCCAGAAGGGCGCGGAGCCCAAGAUGGAGUGGAAGGUGAAGGUCCGCAGCGACGGCACGCGGUACAUCACCAAGAGACCCGUGCGGGACCGGAUCCUCAAGGAGCGUGCCUUAAAGAUCAAGGAGGAGCGCAGCGGCAUGACCACCGACGACGACACCAUGAGCGAGAUGAAGAUGGGGCGCUACUGGAGCAAGGAGGAGCGCAGGCAGCACCUGGCGCGCGCGCGCGAGCAGCGGCGGCGCCGCGAGUUCAUGCUGCGCAGCCGGCUCGAGUGCCUCAAGGAGAGCCCGCAGAGCGGCGGCGAGGGCAAGAAGGAGCUCAGCAUCCUCGAGCUGAGCCACAAAAAGAUGAUGAAAAAGAGGAACAAGAAAAUCCUGGACAACUGGAUGACCAUCCAGGAGCUGAUGACCCACGGGGCCAAGUCUCCGGACGGCACCAGGGUCCACAACGCCUUCCUGUCCGUCACCACCGUAUGACCGAGUGAACCGGGUGGACCGAUUUUAGGAGGGUGCUACCGGUUUGGGUAGAGUAUGGUUGCCUCGUUCAAUGUGGCGUUUUUAUAUAUAUUUUGUGACUCUUUCUAGUUUAAAUUUUUUGUAAGCGAAGAUACCUGGCAAUUUUUUCAUUUCUUUCAUAUAUUGGUACCUUCCUUUUGGAGCUAAGAUCUUUCUUUAACUUGUGAUAUAUUCAUAUUACUUGUUUAUUAAAAAAAAAAAACACACGGAAAGAAAACAAAAAAAAAAAAAACACUUGCAUAAAAAUACCGAGGAGCCAAUUAAUUUCCUACUUUCCUGUGCGUAUUGUAAGUUAAAAUCCGGAUUUAUUUCUCUAGUUUACUUACUUUGUACUUUAAUAACAACUCGAUGCCAAAACGUUUCUAUGCUUGCUUAGAAUGUUUUCAAUCAGACUCGUUAAUAAUAAAUCACAUCUUGUUUCACACGUAAAACCCACACCUCUCUUUAACAUCCUGUUGUACAUUUAACACAUAAAUGGCUGUUGUCUUUGUCGCAGUAAAAGUGUCCGUGCGCAAUCUUCCUGUGGUCCAGAGUGACACUGGUCAUGUAGCUAGAUAAUGGUGGUAAUUGUGACAAUAAAAGAGAAAUAAAUUAUUGAUUAUCCUU